AUGGUAAAGUACUUGGUUCCGGCGUCUGUGCUGCUGUCGCAGUCGAUUGCGGCCGCGAGUCUGUUUGACUCGUAUGUGAGCUUGUCAUUCGAGCUCAUUGGCUUUCCUACAUUUGCGGGAACAAGGAGCCAGCCUAAUGCCUUCUCCCACAACCUGAUGCACAACUUGGCCGAGCUUCAAGGCAGCGGCAUCGUUGUGCGAGUUGGUGGAAACUCUGGUGAUCGUGCCAUUUACGAUUCAACCUUGACCACCUCUACAGCCAGCGCGUGCCCCAACGCCGAUCCCGGUGCGUGGCAAUGCAUUGGCAAGACUUACUUCGAAUCAUAUGGCGGCUUUCCCGCUGGCACCCGCUACUCUCAUCAAUUCAACCUCGGUGCAUACAAUUCAUCCGGAUGGAACACUCUCGAGGCUACGGUGCCACUUGCCUGCAAGGCGCUUGCAGGCCAGCUUGAGUACUGGGAAGUUGGAAACGAGCCCGAUCUGUUUACCGGAAGCAGACGUCCCAGCACGUACAAUGCUUCUCAGUACGCCAACGAGUGGCUGAACACAACGGAGCACUUUGAGAGCUACCUCCACAAAGCCUGCCCCGAGCUUGCUCGCGACGUCAAGUAUAUUGCCCCGUCUUUGAGUUCUCCUGGUGCUAGGCUGCACAUUGCCGACAUAUUCCCCGACGAGGGCAACGCCACAGAGAAGAUUACCCAAGUCUCUGUGCACAACUACAUGAAUGGUGCCAGUGUUCCUGGUGUUACCCUGCAAAACACCCUGAUGAGCCACACUGCCGUUGUUAACUCGAUUACCAACCACGUCAACUACGCCAAGACUUCUAUUCUCGAUGCCGACUACAUCAUCGGCGAGCACAACAGCUUGUACGGAGGUGGUGCUGCAGGUCUCUCUGACGUCUUUGGAGCUGCUCUCUGGGCCAUGGAAUUCUCCCUCUAUGCUGCUUCCACCGGCGUUAUCAAGCGAAUUCACUUCCACCAGUCGGUGGGCUCACCUUAUGCCGCCUGGGUUCCCUCGGGAACUCUUGCGACUAAUGCUCCGUACUACGGAAAGCUUGCAGCAAGCACGUUCUUGGCUCACUCCCACACCAUUGACGUCAAGACUAUUGCCUUGAACAAGGAUGCUGACAAGGACUCUGGAUAUGGCGCUUACGUGAACGGUGAUUUGCGCCGCGUCGCGGUUCUUAACUUGAGGCAGUACAACUCUGGCUCUGGUACCCGUGGAAGCCAGACCUACACCGUCAAGGUUGCCCCUGGAUCUUCUUGGAGAUCUCAGCGCCUUACUGCAGCUGGUGCCACCGACAAGACUGGUGUCACUUUUAACGGAUAUUCUUACGAUGCUAACUCUAACGGUUUAGCAAAGCGUGUUAACGGCCAGGAAUCGGGCAAGGUCAUCAAGGCUGACCGCAGCGGUAACAUUACAUUUACUGUCCAGGAUUCUGAGGCAAUUGUUCUGCUGAAGAACUAA